AUAUCUUCCAAUUAACGUUAUGUUGGCGUGUGUCUGUCGACCUUGCCUAACGUUAGUCCUGAAUCUUUGUUGUUCUGCCUGCGUGCGUGGAAGACUCAGAUUACGAUGUGUCGUUUUUUCUUCUUCAGAUUGCCAAUGUGUCAACCACGUAAAAACUAUUUAGAUACUAACUAAACCACUUAAUUGACAUGAUCUAACACGUUUGCAUAUUUGUUGUGGAUAUUUUGGACUCAAAAUUGAGUUAGCUUGCGCAGAAAAUAGUAACCGCAACGUGUCUCACGAAGGUCAUCGAGUGCACGAUGCAUAUGGGGAUAAAGACUCAGAAGUUCCCUUUCUCUCUUGCCAGUCAAGAUGGGAGGAGCUGUGAGCGCUGGCGAGGACAAUGACGAGUUGAUUGACAACUUAAAGGAGGCGCACUAUAUCCAUUCGGACCUGGUGGAGCGGGCCUUCAGGGCUAUCGACCGGGCCGACUACUACCUGGAGGAGUACCGUGACAGCGCCUACAAGGACCUGGCCUGGAGGCACGGCAACCUCCACCUAUCAGCCCCCUGUAUCUACUCUGAGGUGAUGGAGGCCCUGGACCUGCACCCUGGCCUGUCCUUCCUCAACCUGGGCAGUGGGACUGGGUACCUCAGCACUAUGGUGGGACUCAUACUGGGUCCAUUUGGUGUGAACCAUGGGGUGGAGUUAUAUGCUGAUGUGAUUGAGUAUGCCUAUCAGAAGCUAGACUACUUCAUCAAAACCAGCGAAAGCUUUGACAAGUUUGAGUUCUGCGAACCUUCUUUUGUGGCGGGGAACUGCCUGGAGAUCCCUCCUGAGAGCAGGCAGUAUGACAGGGUGUACUGUGGGGCGGGGGUGCAGAGAGACCAUGAAGAAUUCAUGAAGAACCUGCUGAAGGUGGGGGGUAUUCUGGUACUGCCCCUAGAGGAGAAGCUGACCAAGAUCAGGCGUACAGGCCAGAGCAGCUGGGAGACUAAAAAGAUCAUUGCUGUGUCCUUCGCUCCACUGGCACUGCCCCAACAUAACACCAAUGGCGAACCCAAGACAGUCCCACUACCCAUGUUUGAGGUGCGGACGCUGCAGGAGCUGGCUCGUAUAGCCAUCCGUCACACCCUGAGAGUGACCACGGACAACGGGGAGGGUCAGCCACGGGGUCAGGGCUCUUUUGGAGGAGGCAGGGGCCUGGGGGUCAGUGGGCUCCACAAGUACGGCCCACGUUUUAAACGCCGGCGUGUUCACCGCCGCCACUGCACCUCUGUAGUACUGGCACACAAGCGUGUGGUGAGCAAUGCUGACCCCACCCCUGCUCCCCUGGACAACAACAACAAUAACCACGGGGGGCAGGAGGAUGGGCAGCGAAGGGCAGCCCGGGAGGAGGAGGAGGAAGCAGAAAAGGAGACAGGGGAGCUACUCCCAGCAGAGCCACCUAUAAACAUCCUGAGAGAGAGGAUUCUCGUUUUGCCCCUCCCGGAGCCUCUGAAGAUGUACCUGCUGUACUGCCGGGAGAAAUGACUUCUCCACAGAUACAGCACCCAGCAGAAACCAACAGCCCCUGACUGGGUUUCUGUUACUGACUGGGUUUCUGACCCCUGACUGGGUCUCUGUUUCAGGCCCCCGACUGGGUCUCUGUUUCAGACCCCCGACUGGGUCUCUGUUACUGACUUGGUUUCGGACCCCUGACUGGGUCUCUGUUUCGAACCCCUGACUGGGUUUCUGUUACUGACUGGGUUUCUGACCCCUGACUGGGUCUCUGUUUCUGACCCCUUGACUGGUUCUCUGUUUCGAACCCCUGACUGGGUCUCUGUUUCGCUCCCCUGACUGGGUCUCUGUUUCGCUCCCCUGACUGGGUCUCUGUUUCGCUCCCCUGACUGGGUCUCUGUUUCGCUCCCCUGACUGGGUCUCUGUUUCGCUCCCCUGACUGGGUCUCUGUUUCGCUCCCUGACUGGGUCUCUGUUUCGCUCCCCUGACUGGGUCUCUGUUUCGCUCCCCUGACUGGGUCUCUGUUUCGCUCCCCUGACUGGGUCUCUGUUUCGCUCCCCUGACUGGGUCUCUGUUUCGCUCCCCUGACUGGGUCUCUGUUUCGCUCCCCUGACUGGGUCUCUGUUUCGCACCCCUGACUUGGUCUCUGUUUCGCACUCCUGACUGGGUCUCUGUUUCGGACUCCUGACUGGGUCUCUGUUUCGCACCCCUGACUGGGUCUCUGUUUCUGACUGGGUCUCUGUUUCUGACUGGGUCUCUGUUUCUGACUGGGUCUCUGUUUCUGACUGGGUCUCUGUUACUGACUGGGUCUCUGUUACUGACUGGGUCUCUCUCUCCCUCUCUCACUGUUUCUUACUCAAUUCCUUUCCUGUCACUGUAAGAAGGAGACAUAUUUGACCAGUAUGGGAAGGGUUUCACCUUGGUGAUAGAAAGGCGUCUCUAGGCUCUCUGGUACUCAGUAACUUAGCUUUCUCAAUGGUGCAGAUGUUUUAGACAGCCAAACAGAUCAAUUAUGUGAAUGGAUUUUUUUGUUGCAGUAGUUCGGAAGGGAGGAUCUUUGUGAUUUCACGUUUUCACUCAACCCAACAGAAGUUGUUUCCCCCUUAAGCUGUGUGUGAGAAUGGGAUCCAUCAUAUUUUCUGUGCUGAGUGAGGACUAGACUAGAUCUAUGGUGAUGUCUGUUAUCUGGUUGGAAGACCUAGCUCUACUUAUUGGACAUCACCUGCAGCCACAUGACCCAGAGCACGUUGGUCCAGAUCUUCUCUACUACGAGAGACUGGAAGAACCAUCUGAGAUUGCUAUCGAGCCUUGUGCUUCAUAAAUGGAGAGACGAUGGGAUAGUGUCAGAGAGGAGGAGAAAGUUUGUCAUUUCAGUAGUGUCCAGAAGCCAGAGAGAUGUUUGACCUCUGAAGAGAGGUGGUGUCUGUUUAUGAGAUGUGUUGUGACACUGAUGACCCAUGAUGCCUGUGGUUUAGAGACACUUAAAGCGAUAUUAUUGUUUGACUCUAUUUUGUUAGCAGACUGGCAGUGGAUAUUAGGUGUUGUUUGAGUUAACUUUCUUGAUAAUAAAUGCAGGAGACACUAUGAUGCCAUGAUCAUGUCCAGCAGACGUUUGUUUGAACAUGACAGACUAGGGUUGACCAUGCUUCUUCCAUUGUUGUGAUGGAUUCUGCUCAAAUUCUUCUUUUUGUAAAUGUGUUUACUCUUCCCUCAAAAUGGUUCAGUUCCAUUUUUAAUUCAGUCAAUUCUGGAAAAUCAUUUAAAUUUGAUUCAUAGGUAGAUAAACUGGGAUUUUUUUUUUUUUCAUGAGUUGAAUUUCAUUACCUUCUGAAUGAAUUUAAGAUUAAAGUAACUCCAACCCUGACUUGUACAUUUAUCCAAAGCUGGUCUUUUGGUUUACUCUUUAAUCAAUAGUGAAAGAAAGUUAGUUUACAGAGGAUCAUGUUUUUUUCUUCUACAUAAACUAUAUAUACAAAAGUAUGUGGACACCCCUUCAAAUUUGUGGAUUCAGCUAUUUCAGCCACACCUGUUGCUGACAGGUGUAUAAAAAUCAAGCACACAGCCAUGAAAUCUCUAUAGACAAACAGUCAGUAGAAUGGCCUUACUGAAGUACUGACUUUUGUGCUACCGUCAUAGGAUGCCACUUUUCCAACAAGUCAGUUCGUCAAAUUUCUGUCCCGGCUAGAGCUGACCCGGUCAACUGUAAGUGCUGUUAUUGUGAAUUGGAAACGUCUAGGAGCAACAACGGUUCACCCACUUAGAGGUAGGCCACAAAAACUCUUGUCUGUUCCCAGUUGUAACACUCACUACCAAGUUAAAAACUGCCUCUGGAAGGAACGUCAGCACAAUAACUGUUCAUCGGGAGCUUCAUGAAAUGGUUUCCAUGGCCAAGCAGCCGCACACAAGCCUAAGAUCACCAUGCACAAAGCCAAGCAUUGGCUGGAGUGGUGUAAAGCUCGCCACCAUUGGACACUGGAGCAGUGGAAACGCGUUCUCUGGAGUGAUGAAUCACGCUCAGUCCGGUGGACAAAUCUGGGUUUGGAACACUACCUGCCCGAAUGCGUAGUGCCAACUGUAAAGUUUGGUGGAUGUGGAAUAAUGGUCUGGGGCUGUUUUAUAUGGUUUGGGCUAGGCCCCUUAGUUCUAGUGAAGGGAAAUCUUAACGCUACAGCAUACAAUGACAUUCUAGAUGAUUUUGUGGCAGCAGUUUGGGGAAGACCCUUUCCUGUUACCACAUGACAAUGCACCUGUGCACAAAACAAGGUUAAUACAGAAAUGGUUUGUCGAGAUCGGUGUGGAAGCGCUUGACUGGCCUGCACAGAGCCCUGACCUCAACCCCAUCGAACACCUUUGGGAUGAAUUGGAACGCUGACUGCGAGCCAGGCCUAAUCGCCCAGCAUCACUAAUGCUUGUGGCUGAAUGGAAGCAAGUUCCCGCAGUAAUGUUCCAACAUCUAGAGCAAAGCCUUCCCAGAAGAGUGGAGGCUGUUAUAGCAGCAAAGGGGGGUCCAACUCCAUAUUAACGACCAUGAUUUUGUAAUGAGAUAUUUGACGAGCAGGUGUCCACAUACUUUCGGCCAUGUCGUGUGUCAUGCCACUGCUAUAAGCCUGGAAUCACAUAAGACAGGAAAUGCAUGUAGCUACUAUGUGUGCUGUCAAAACAGCAGAGAGAAAAAAACCUUUCAUUUCUAACUUAUGCCAUUUUGUUGAUGUGUGAAGGUUUAUCUUUUUGCUUGUUUAGUUAUUAUACAUUGUGUGGUGGUCAUCUGCAUAUAAAUACAAUUUUAUAUAUAUAUAUAUAUAUUCUUUAGCUCAUACUUGCUACAGAUACCUUAGACUGGAUGUUAACCUUCUGCCUCAAUUCAACAUUCAGAUAAGUUCAACACUUAGUCAGCCUCCAGUGUCACACCUACAGUAUGUCACAUGAAAUUGGCAUUUUAGUCAAAACUAUUCUGAUUUGUCCUUUUAAUAUAACGCUUUCACAUUGAUUCCAAAUGAUAAGUGAUAAAUCUUUACUCAGUUGGCCAGGCAGGUUGCUUUGCUCAUCUGACUCAGCACGUUUUGUGAUAGUUUACAUUUCAAUACUGUGGUAGAAUAUGAGCGAUAAGGUAUUUCCCAGUUUGCUUUUAUACUGUGCUGUAGAACCAUUCCUUAAGUUCUGUCAAAUGUAUGUGUUGUACUUUCAGUGUUUAAGGAUGUUAUUUUGGAAUUUGAGCUGUACUUUUGACUGCUGUUAAUAAAGUCAAUUUAUGCAAAAGUUGAAA